UUCCUCCUCGAGAAGCUCUUGAAUGAGCCUCAGCAGGGAAGCACACUCCGACGAUAUCCAGGGAUGCCAACGCCAUCGCGCAACUGGGGCGCUGAGGUGGAGAACCCGUACAUCAGCGAGCAGCUCGACUACAACCCUCCAGACGAGCGCCAGGCUGCGGAGCUCCAAGUCGCCCAGCUAAACCCCGAACAA